GUGAUCAUCCCACUCAUUUAAUUGAAAAAGUCUGUAUAUUUAAUUCUUCCGUAGCAACACUGUUUCCAACACAGAAUGUCCUUGAUCCAUAGGGAUUUCCGUAGAGAGAGCCUGAAUGCACAGAUUCUGGAGACUUGCACUGACCUCACAGCAAAAGCUAUAUGGUUUGUGUAACAUGAAUGCAAACUAAUGCAUGUGUGAGCUCACUUGCUGCGUUUCGCCCCAGUCAGCUGAAUGGAGUUUGAAGUUCAUCUCAGCAUAUUUUAGAAGGAAAGACGCAAAUGCUGCAUUGCUAAGUAACUUUGAGGUGUACCAGUUACUUACUGAUCUUAAGCAGCAGCGCAAAGAGAGCGGAAAGAACAAGCAGAGCUCUGGCCAGCAGAACCUCAACACAAUCAUGUAUGAAACGCUGAAGUACAUAUCAAAAACACCAUGCAGAUACCAGAGUCCUGAGACCGUAAGAGAUUUCCUCACAACAAUGAAAGGCCAUAAGCUAACCAAGGCAGAAAAGCUGCAGUUGCUUAACCACAGGCCUGUAACAGCAGUUGAAAUACAGCUGAUGGUAGAAGAAAGUGAAGAAAGACUAACAGAAGAGCAGAUCGAAUCGCUGCUCCAGACAGUCACCACUAUCCUGCCCGGGGAUCCGGAAGAGCAGCGGAGGGAAUCACCGAUGGCAACUGAAGACAAAGGUGACCAAGAGUAGAAAGAGUCUAGAGAAAGAUGGCCAUGGCUUUGGCAGAAGAAGAUCAG